AAGGGCCGGUGGUGACGCCGCCGCCGCGCGCUCGGUGCGGGCAGUUGCUGCCGGAGCCCGGGUGCCGGACGGCGGCUGAGGUGCUGAGCGGGCGGCCCGGGCACCUACCCCCGGAGCCCCCCUUCUCCGAGCGCCUCUCGCUGCAGCGCCGCGAUGCCGUCGGACCGGCCCUUCAAGCAGCGGCGGAGCUUCGCGGAUCGUUCGAAAGAGGUGCAGCAGAUCCGAGAGCAGCAUCCAAGCAAAAUCCCAGUCAUCAUUGAAAGAUACAAGGGGGAAAAGCAGCUGCCUGUGCUGGAUAAGACCAAAUUUCUAGUCCCUGACCAUGUCAAUAUGAGUGAAUUGGUAAAAAUUAUCCGGCGCCGCCUGCAGCUGAAUCCUACCCAGGCCUUCUUCCUGCUAGUGAACCAGCACAGCAUGGUGAGUGUCUCCACCCCCAUCUCGGAGAUCUACGAGCAGGAGAAGGACGAGGACGGUUUCCUCUACAUGGUCUAUGCCUCACAGGAGACCUUCGGCUACUGAGACGGAUGCACAGCACGCGGGGACAAACUGAAACCGUUGCACACAGCCCCCACCCCCCCACCCCGGGAAGAUGACAUGGCCAGAGGGUUAUGGCACAGGAGCUGUGCAGACACCCUCCUCCCCCAUCAACUUCACCCCUGUAAAGGCACAGACAAAGCUAGUGCGGUGUGUUUAACUCAUGCCUCCCCUCCCUUUGUGUAGUUUGGCCCCAUCCCCCUGCCCCAUGUACAGCACUAGUCCCUCAUCUCUCCAUCCCACCUCCUCCUCAGCAGGAACUUCAGCUGCUCUCACUGUGCUCUGUGUGUGUAAUUGUUCUUAGCCUAAUGCCAAAUCAGCUGGGGCUGGUGAUGGGGAGUCAAAGGAGAGGGCCCAUCUCCUUGACCUGUAGUGCGGGGAGGGGCCUGUCCUCUGAAAAUCUAAUAAAGGACAGGAAGUCUGCAAAAAAAAAAAACAAAAAAAAAAACAAAAAAACAAGCAAACAAACAAUCAUUGCUCUUGAGUUUUAAUUGAUUUUAAUUACAUGCAUAUCAAAUUCUUGGUGCUACCAAGUAGGUGUAGGCGUCUGUAGGACUGUGGAUAAUGUAUAUCUGUUAGAUUUAUUUUAUUAUUGUUUUUUAUUUUUUAACUGGGGGGAGGGAGGGAAUAACUUGCCUGUAUUCUGUAGAUAAACAAACUGAGCUUCUUUGCACUUUAAAAUGUAGCAGAGUGGAGUUAGCUUAAUUUAUACAGCUCUGACACAUACAGCACUGCUUCUCUGGCAACUUUUGGACCUUGAUUUCCUUUGUUCUUUGAAUUGUUUUAAAAAAAAACAAACAAAUAAAUAAAAAAAAACCCCUCCCCUUCCCCCUCUCUCCAUUGCAUGGGGUGUUUUGGUCCCUUUGUGGCAGAGACCCUUUACUUGAGGAAUGUACUGAUUUACAUUUUUUCCUUUUUUCAUGUACUAUACCAAAAGAAAUGUAUAUGAAAAAAACCCCACCCAGUUAAAGUGAUACAAAAGUCUAUAUACAUAUACAUACAAAUAAAUAUGAAUUCAA